AUGGUUGCCGUUUCCAUUCUCACUUUGGGAGCCUUGUUCACACAGGCGUGGGCUAUGCCCGCUGCCACGGGGAGUGCCAUUGUGAGCGCUGCAACUCCCGCCGCUGCAACUCCCACCGCUGCAACUCCCACCGCUGCGUCCACCUCCCUGCCAGUCGCUGAGUCCCAGCUUGACAAUUUGGCUGGAUUGGCAUACAAUGCCUCCGUUGAAAGUGUCUCAAGCGAUUCAGACAUCGAGAAGCGCGGUGGUUGUUCGCUGAGCAAUCUGCGCAUUCGCCGCGAUUGGAGGGCUUUCUCUAGCCCCCAGAAGAAGGCCUACAUCAAGUCCAUCCUUUGCCUCCAGGAGCUGCCCUCGCUCACCCCCUCCGAUAGGGCCCCUGGUGCGCGGUCCCGUUACGAUGACUUCGUCGCUACUCACAUCAACCAGACCAUGACCAUCCACUACACUGGAACCUUCCUGGGAUGGCACCGAUACUUCAUCUGGAACUUCGAAGAAGCCAUGCGGAACGAGUGUGGCUACACUGGUGACUUCCCUUACUGGAACUGGGGCGCUGAUGCCGGCAGCCUGGAAAAUUCCCAAGUCUUCGAUGGCAGCGACACCUCGAUGUCCGGCAACGGUGCCCACAUCGACGCCGUCGGCGACAUCGAGCUGAGCCUGGGUAGCUACCCAGUCAUCCACCUGCCCACCGGCAACGGAGGCGGCUGCGUCACCAGCGGCCCCUUCACGAACUACUCUGUGAACCUGGGCCCGGUCUCGCUAAUGCUGCCCGGAGGUGAAACCGGCAGCACAGCCAACCCAUUCGCAUACAACCCGCGCUGCCUGAAGCGCGAUCUGAGCACUAAGAUCAUCCAGGACUACGCUAACUUCACAUCGAUCGUGGACCUGAUCCUGCGCUACGACAAUGUCUACGACUUCCAGAUGAACAUGCAGGGUGUUCCCGGAAGUGGCAGCAUCGGUGUGCACGGUGGUGGUCACUACUCCAUGGGCGGUGAUCCUUCCCGUGAUGUCUUCGUCAGCCCCGGUGACCCUGCUUUCUGGCUCCACCACGGUAUGAUUGAUCGUACCUGGUGGAUCUGGCAGAACUUGAACCUCCGCAAGCGUCUGAAUGCUAUUUCUGGUACUGGCACUUUCUUGAAUGGUCCUGCUUCACCUAACACUACUCUCGAUACGCUCAUUAAUAUUGGUUAUGCUGGUGGCGAGACUGUUGCUAUGCGGGAUAUCAUGAGCACUGUCUCUGGUCCUUUCUGCUACAUCUACCUGUAA